AUGCGCUCCGGUCGCGGAUCAAAUCCCGGCUUCGCUCGCGCCCAGAGGUUCCUCUCACGCCUCGGCAAGAACUCCCACUUCCUGCUGACCGUCACGGAGCAGGCAGGCCGGGAGUCCGCCGCAGCGCCCCGACAGCACCGGCACGGAGCAGAGCACCUCCGGCAGAGAAACGACGUCUUUCCUCCUUCACUGGACGAGCUACGGAAGCUGAUAGAGGACAAAGUUCACGUGCUGCACACCUCUGUGACCCACGACCAGGUUUCACCACGUGAGGAGAACCCCGGAGCAGGAGGAGGACGAGGAGCAGGAGGAGGACGAGGAGGAGCGGAGGUGAGGAGGAUCGCCGUCCAGAGCGAGGAGCUGACCUUUGACCUGGUCCAGCUGCAGAGGCAGACGCAGCAGGAGCUCAGUCACAUCCACACUCAACUGUGUGAGGUGCGAGGCCGUGUGCAGCGGCUGGCCAGCGAGCUCCUCCACCUCGAGGAGAAGCAGAGACAGAAGGAGGCGGAGCUGCAGAGGAGCAGCAGCCUGCAGACCCGCACUCUUCUCCUGUGCACCUGCCGGGAGCUUCAAGCCUCCAUCGCCGAGCGCUUGGCCCAAUCAGAGCAGCUGGUGUUCCAGCAGGACGCACUGAGCGCGCUCCGUAACCUCCUGACCCAGGACCUGCUCAGGUACCGGGACGAGGCACAGAAACUGUCCCGCUUCACCCAGAGACUCACGGGACGACGCCACAGGUGUGCUCCUCCAGGACAGACCAGGCGGGCCACGGGCGAGGCGAACGAGCCGCGGGACGGGCGCAGCAUGCAGGGCAAGAACGAGACCCAACAGGACAACAACAACAUGCAAAACGGGAGCGGCAUGAACGAGCACCCGGGUGUGACGUCACACACCCCCGGGGAGUCCUCGUCCUCCCCCACGUCGCUCGCUCUUCAUCACACAACCAACGAAGAAGAGGAAGCAGAGCGUGCCUGGCAGGCAUAUCGUAAGAAAUCAGCGGGCGGUCUGACCCGCGCCGGGAGCGUUAAAAACCUCAUCACCAGAUUCUCUGGUCCGGAUCACGCCCCCGGUUCCCCUCAGAGUCAGAGUCCGUCUCCAGUCGGGUCGCUCCCAAACGCCGUCUCCAAGUCCUGCCCGUCCACGCCGAGCAGGACUGGGACGGCUGACAGUCCUGUUCCCAGCAUCAGCGUGACGCCUCCGUUCAGCGAAAACAGAGCGAGUCAGGGAGAAGUCCAGUGGGCCCAGGCGGGCGCCGAGGGGAGUCCCGCAACUGCCAAGACCGAUCGUCUAAAGAGCGGCGGUGGUAAAAGUAGUGCGGCUCAGAAGACGAGCGGUGCAGAACCGGGACGCCGUGCUGCUGGUCGAGACUCGGUGGCCGACUCUGGCAUGGGAUCGGAGUCAGAGUUUGAUGUGACUAAGCAGCCGGACAGCCCGGCCUCGGAGGAUGAACCCUCGACUCCCCGGGUUCUGCCAGAUCACAGCCAGAACCCCAAAUAUCAGCUGUUUCUGAGUGCGGAGGGGGUGGGCGGGGCGGGGCCGGCGGGUGGGGCCGGGGGGGAGAACGGCCCCCGGCUGUCCCGCUGGGAGAGCUCCCGGCCCGGCCUCAACCACUACCGGGGCUCCCUGGAGUCGCUGGCCUCGCGGGACUGGGACACCAUGUCCGACAAGCAAGGCGGCUUCGACAGCCCCCCCCGUGUCUUCAACAGCCCGUACACCACCGCCGCCUCCGUGGACUUCAAUCCCAUGUACCGCAUGUCCGAGUUCAGGGGCGGGAUGUCGCCGGCCACCUCCGAGCUGAACCUGUUCAGCUUCAACAGCCGCAGCACGAGUCCCGUGCCGACGCCGACCUCCACGCUGCCCCGCAGCCGCCUCACCACCUACGACACGCUGAGCCGCAGGAGGGCCGAGGUCACCAGCACGGUGAUUCCCAACCACAUGACGCUGCGCUCGGCCUCUCUGGGGCCGCCCAACAGGAGGGACUACAUCGAGGAGCUGACCAAACAGAUGGACACGUACCAGAAGCGUAAUCAAUUCCUGGAGGCGGAGAGCGUGGAGAUGGAGAAGGAGAGGAACCAGAUCAGGUUUGAGAUGCGAGGCCUCCUGGUGAACAACGAGGACCUGCUGAGGACCAACACCCAGCUCAAUAAUGAGAUGAAGAGGAUGAGGGAGAGGAUGCUGGAGAUGGAGAGAGAGAGCCAGGCCAUGAUGGAGAGACACAGACAGAUGGAGGUUGAGCUGAAGGAGGCCCGGGAGAUGAUGGUGGAGGCCAACACACAGGAGUAUGCCUUCAACUUCCUGCAGCAGACCCUCAAAACAAAAUCCAAGAUGCUGAGGAGAACCUGGACAAGCAGACGCAGCAUGCUCAGAGCCUGGCUGAGAAGCUGUGGCUGGCAGAGCGACAGCUGGAGGAGCUGGAGGUUGAUAAAGACACCAGAGACAAGAGGACGUCCGACCUCAACGCCACCAUCAUCCGCCUGGAGGCCGAGCUGGGCGAGGCGCUGCAGGUGUCCACACAGGCCGCCGCUGAGCUCAGCCUGCAGCAGAAACUCCGUGAUGACGCUCAGCUGCGCGUGGAGGAGCUGGAGGAGUCGCUGCUGGAGAAAGACCAGGAGCUGCAGAGAGUCCAGGCUGUCGUCAGCCGGCUGCAGGGAGAGGUGUCUGGUAAGCUGAUCGAUAAGGAGCGCAGCCUGGAGGAGGAGAUCCAGCUGAGGGAGAGGCUGCAGCUGCAGGUGAAGCAGGCGGAGAGGACAGUGGAGGAC